AUGAAGAGUGGAAGAGUGCAGUUUUUGGCUUUUCGGAGAGGGAAGGCCAAAAUAAAACCCAAUAUUUUGCUGCUGGUCUUCGUUCCCCUGGAAAACUGGUACUUGUCCCCUCACUCCCUCUCUGCCACUGCCAGUGCCUCUGAUUCUCGCUCUGGCUGUGGCUCUGCCCCUGUGCAGCGCUUUUCCAACGCUGAGAGGCAAGGCAGCAAGCAGCACGACGAGCUGGCCGUGUGGCUCCACAGCCAAACAGUCGCAAGUCUCGAAACGGCAAUUGGUGUGGCGGUGCGACGUGUGGCACAGCUGUGUGGAGUAGCUGCUACUGUGAUUUUCUGGCAGACCGUGCGCUCUGGAGUAAGGGGCAAAAAACCCAAGAACAAAGCCCACGUAAAAAGUCAACGGCCACGACUACGGCAUCGGUUUCAAAGUCCUUCGUCCUUCAUGCUUCAUCGUUCAUCAGACGCAUAUCCAAGUGAAUGCUUGAAUGCUUGAAGGGAAAGUGUCAUAAAGCGUGCGAUUAUCCUGUAAACAAAGUGUAAAACGCGCACAAAGCAACAACAGAACAGAACAGCACAG